CACGCCUUUGUGGUGGUCCAGCCUGUGGGUCCCCUCAGCCCUGAGGACCAACAGGAGCUGGACGCCAUCAGGAGAGAGUUCACCUCCAAAAUGAACGCCUUCAAAAUGAUCCUGUUCACCGUGGACUCAGAGUCUGGAGCUUUAGCCGUGUCCAACUUCAUCAAGAGCAGCAAAGACCUACAAGAUCUUUGUGAGAGCUGCAGCCACCGCUACGCCAUCCUCAACAUCAACGACAAAAAACAAGCUUCCAGCAUCAUCAAGAUGGUCGAGGAGAUCAGCGAUUAUGGAUUAAAAAGUUUGAGAAAAUCAGAGGCGAAACCUCAAGUCGCACAAAAGCCUUUGAAGACUUACGAUAAAAAGACAAGCUUUAUUCCAAAUCCAGUGAAAGAAUCUUUACGCAUCGUUCUGAUCGGGAAAACAGGGUCUGGAAAAAGCGCCACCGCCAACACGAUUCUGGGCAGAGAUGAGUUUGAGUCUAGAACCUCCCAAACGUCCGUCACAAAGUUGUGCAGAAAAGCAGAGGGGCAGAUCGAGGGCAGGUCCGUGACCAUCGUGGACACUCCAGGACUGUUCGAUACAACUUUAUCCAACGCCGAGGUCCAAGAGGAGCUGGUCAAAUGUGUCAGUCUGUUGGCGCCCGGGCCACACGUGUUUUUACUGGUGCUGGAGGUCGGUCGUUUCACUCGAGAGGAAAAAGAGACAGUGAAUCUUAUUCAGAGCUUUUUUGGUGAUGAAUCAGAUAAAUAUACAAUAGUUCUCUUCACCAGAGGAGACGUCCUCAGAAACACAACCAUAGAAGAGUUCCUCACUGGAGGCCAGACUCUGGGGACGCUUGAAAAAUGUGGGAACAGGUACCACGUCUUUAACAACAAAGACAAAGAGAAUCGAAAACAAGUCCACGACUUACUGCACAAGAUCGACACAAUGGUGGACGAGAACGGCGGCGGAUAUUACACUUCAGAGAUUUUCCAAGAGGCUGAAAAGGCCAUUGAAAUAGAAACUGAAAGAAUUCUCCAGCAGAAGGCGCCAGAAAUCGAAAAGCAGAAACGUAACAUUGAAGAGUGGCACAAAAAUGUCAUCAAAAGUGCAAAAAGUAAAAUUGCAGCGAUGAAAAAUACAUUUGAACUGGACAUUUUGCAAAAGCGCAAACAGGUUCGGGAGCAGCAGAGGAAGAUCGAGAUGGAACAGGAGAAGAUCAGGGAGUUUGAGGAGAGGAGGAAAGAGGAGCAGAGACUUCUGAAGCUGGAGGAGGAAAAGCAGGUGCAGAAGUGGAACGACAGAUACAAGAACUUAACGAACCCGAGCAGCACCGGGCGACGGCGGCGCAUGAGCUGUGCCCUGGAAGAGUUCCAGCUGGACAGGAUGGCCUUGUACCAGCAGAGAGAACUGCUCCAGAUCAGAUCGGAGCGGGAGGAGCGAAGACGACAGGAGGUGAGCACGCAGUUCGAGACGCUCCAGAUCGAAUACGAAGAGGCGAAGAAGCUUUACGAAGCCAAAAUCCGCGAGGACGAGUUGAGACGCAGAGAGGAGGAGCAGGAGAUGAGGGCCGUGGAGGAGGUGUACCUAAAACAGUUAGAAGCUCUUCAUCAGAGAAGUUACGACGAGGCGAGGAAGCAAGCGGAAGCGUCCAACGACUUCCAGGCUAAAUACAUCAAAGACGACAAGGCGGAUCUGGAAAAACAACUGGAGCAGAUGAAGGCGGAGCAGAGGACGAGCGACCGGCGCAUCCUGCAGCAGCUCAAAAGAAGCAAAUCCUGUCUGAAGGAUUAUAACCUGAUGAUCGAGCGGCAGAGGCAGGAGAUGCGAGCGCUGGGGCGGCUGCAGACGAGUCACGACCCCGAAUUUCUGAUGAGCGGCGUGGAGGAGCUACGGAAGCAACACGAUGAAGAAGUUCACGUCUGGAUCCAGGACAAAGUGACGAGCGCCGCGGACAGUAACGCCUGCGUCGUACUCUGA